UGAUCGUAGCGGAGUUCAUUGAUGCCCAUCUGCGUCUGCAUCUGCAGGAUCAGGAUCUGGCAGCAUAUAAUUAUAAACAAACCCGAUUUCAGUAAUUUCACCAAGGAAAUGUCCUCGCAAAAUUUGCUCAUGCCAAACAACUGUCGAUGCUGUUUGUCCUCUGAAUAUGAAAUGGUCUACGUGUUUAACCAGCUAGACGAGUUUGAAAGUAAGAUUUCCGAUGUUAUAGCAAACUGCGGCGGAAUCACGAUUACAGAUUCGGACUACUACUCUAAGCAUAUCUGCUCAAAGUGCUUGAACGAUUUGUCAACAUCGGAGCGCUUUCGGUUGCGCUGUCUUAAAACGGAAGAAUAUUUGUUGAGCAUUAAGAUGAACGCAAAGGAACAGCUGCCAGACGGAGCGGUUGCCGUACGGCAACUAGAGGAUAUAUUAAGUGGACAAAUUAAAAUAGAAGACACCAACAUCUCGCCGGAUGUUGUAAUUGAAAACAGUUUAGCACUCGUUGAUAUACCAAACCGACCGAUAAAUUCGAAUUCCGGGCAUUCACCAACAAACUCUUCAGAACCGUAUCAGUUAACAAAUCAGUACGUACAGCGUUCAGUAGAGUCUCGUAGUAACCACACUCCCACAAACGGAUUCAUGCCAGCAUCUGGGUCAGAGAGUGGAGUCCCAUUGAGCGAACAUUCCGUGGAACGAGAACAUCUGAAAAGGGUUAUCAGUGACCAGCUAGACUUGGUGAAAAAGGAAAUCACCAACUCAGUUCUGAGUAUCAUGGAUGCGUUAUUGGCUAAGACCGUGGCAGCAUUAAAAUCCAACUACCAAUUGCCUAAACCAAAUCCUGUGUAUCCAGUAUAUCAACCGAAAGUGACAUCAAAAGACGAGUUGCAUCUGUUCGAUAUGCCUGGUGUGAGUGGCAGCAAUUUCAAUUUCACACCGGUCAAAUCCGCAAAGGAGUUAGAAAUUUUGGAACAAAAUUUAAACGAUCCAUUCUUCGCCCGUAAAAUGUUCGAUCAGAUGCGCGAGAAGAUUGGCUACAAAGGAGAUAACUAUUGCGGCCAGAACACGUGUUACACUCUGAUCGACAAUUUCUUCGAUCGGAAGUUUUUGGUGCAAUGUUCCUGGAGCGGCGGUAGUCGCAGCGACAUCGAAAAAUGCGCCAUCAAGGAUUGCAAGAAUACUUUAAUGAUGUUCUACAAGAUUGUUCGCAGUACGAACAAGAAGUUCACUCUCAUGCUGCUGGAAGACUUUUUCAAAUCGGUUGUCAGGAACGCUAAGCGACGCAGUGAAGCUAAGGGUUUGCGUGCCUCGACCAUACAUCGUAGGAUGAAGAAAAAAUCAAACCCAGCUGAUCGACGAUCAAGAUCCGAAGCAUCCCAAAGCACGGCAACUAGGACAACUGACGACCUCCAAGAGGAACAGGAUCAAACAAUGGAUAAUUCGACCACCAGCGAGGUGGAAAAUGAGAGUUACAAGGCUGAUGAUGAAAAUGCUGCAGAAACUAGCAGCAAGCGUUUGAAACUAUGCAUCUCAAGCUCUCCCACGGAUAAGAUAACCGAAAACUAGAAAUAAUUUGUUUUGAUAAUAACGAAAAUAAAAGUGUUUCACUUUCA